AAAAAUAGACCAAAAGAACACAAAGAGAGGUGGUGAUAAAAAUAUAUUAAAAUUUGUCUUUUCCUGCAACUCUACUUUUUUUUAUUUGUUUAACUUAAUUUUCAUAAUUCUUCUUCUUCUGUAAAUAAUUCAAUUUUAUUUUAAACAAAAAUUAAUUCACCUAUAUUAGCAACUACUUCUAUUCUAUAUGCUCAAGUGAAGUCAUCGUUUUUUUACCCCCAAAUCACCUUUGUUACGCAGUGCACUAUUAUUUUUUUUUCUUCUUUGAUUUCGUACUCAAAAGAAAAUCCUAUAUUAUAUUGCCAAAAAAAUUAAUAACAUUAAAAAAAAAAACAAUAUGGGAAAUGCAGGCAGUGCUAAUAUUGCCAGAGAACGUCAUAAGUCUGGCGAUAACACUAUGCCAAGUUCGCCGUUUCGCGACAACUCCGGCGGUGUCCUUGGGGGUGGCGCUGUCGGUGGUGUUGCUACUAACAACGCAGUAGCAGGCGGCGGUGUGGGCGGGCAGGCAUUUGUUUUUGACAAGAAACCAGACACGCGCCUAGUUCUCCAUGGAACGUCACAGGACGACGAAGAACAACCAUAUUAUACAAAACCAGUAUCGUCGUCGAUUCACGACGAUUCUGAAUUUGCAACGCCAGCACCGAGACAACGUUCGAGCACUGUAUCGGAGGGAACAACUCCAACGACGUCGAAUAUGGCUGCUGCUGGUGGUGGUGGUCGUAGUUUAGCUGAAGCUGAGGAUGACAUUAAUAAGCCAGCACUUCCGACUGUUUUGCGUUGGGAUGGCGGCGGUAAGCAGGUUCUUAUUAGUGGCACUUUCACAAAUUGGAAAACAUUGCCAAUGGUUAGGAGCCAUGGAAAUUUUGUAACUAUUAUUGAUCUACCCGAGGGUGAUCAUCAAUACAAGUUUUGUGUGGAUGGCGAAUGGAAGCAUGAUCCUAAAUUGAAAAGCAUUGAUGAUCCUAGCGGAGUUAAAAACAAUCUAGUCUCUGUUCGCCAAUCAGAUUUUGAAGUUUUCCAAGCCCUCGCCAAGGACAGUGAGAAUGUUAUCAACUAUGCCGAAAGAGAAUAUUCUCAAGAGGUUCCACAAGCGAAACCAUGGGAAAAAGUAUCAGGGCCGCCAGUAUUGCCACCACAUUUACUCCAAGUUAUCCUCAACAAAGAUACUCCAGUAUCUUGUGAACCAACUUUGCUUCCUGAACCAAAUCAUGUGAUGUUGAAUCACUUGUAUGCUCUCUCAAUAAAAGACGGUGUAAUGGUACUUAGUGCUACACAUCGCUAUCGGAAGAAAUACGUAACGACUCUUCUCUACAAACCAAUCUAAAAAGAGAAGUUCUUAUUUGUUUUUUUCUUCAUACAACUUCAAUGAGGUUUGCAAAAUGAAUUUUUUGUUUGCAAUUUACAUCAGGGAAGUAUCGUGCUAGCUUAAAAAAAAAUUACUAAUCAUAGAUAAAGACGAGUAUUUUCUGAUAAAAAAAUGCUUUUGCCAGCAACAAAAAAAUAAAACUUAGAAUGCUUGAAA